UGAGGCCAUCGCCCGCUCACUCCUGGCCUUUAUGCUUAUGUCCGGCCUGUUGUCAGAUUUCACUCUUCCUGCGCCCGAGGUGGAGCUGUGAUAACAACGGCAUCGGCAGAUCCUGUCUGGUCCCUAGUGACCUGAGGGGGGCUGCUCACCAGCCCUGAGCCUGAGUCUUCCUCCGCCACACGGCCUAACAGCCUGUGCUUUCUGCUUAGUUGUAAGAGAGUGAAGCCUGCCUGGAACCCUGGCGGCAGGCCCCCCGGGAUGAUCUGGGCAUGGCCUCUGGAGCCCCAGAGCAGAGCAGCCAGAUGGCAGAGGAGACCCCCAGCUUCCUGGACGAGUUUCUCCGCGACUUCCCAGCCCCACUGAGCGCAGAGAGCCCUUUGCCAUGGAAGAUCCCGGGGACGGUGCUGAGCCAGGAGGAGGUGGAGGGCGAGCUGGCCGAGUUGGCAUUGGGCUUCCUGAGCAGCAGGAACGCUCCGCCACCACUUGCUGCAUCUCUGGCCCAUGAAGCCGUUUCCCAGCUGCUGCAGACAGACCUUUCCGAAUUCAGGAAGCUGCCCAGGCAGGAGGAGGAGGACAGCGCGGAAGUGGAGGAGGAGAAGGCCCCUGUGACCUUGCUGGAUGCCAAGGGCCUGGCGCUGAGCUUCUUCAACCGGCUCUGGGACGUAUGCAGCCAGUGGCAGAAGCAGGUGCCCUCGACUGCCCGGGCUCCGCAGCGGCAGUGGCUGGUCUCCAUUCAUGCCAUCCGGAACACUCGCCGCAGGAUGGAGGACCGGCAUGUGUGCCUUCCUGCCUUCAACCAGCUCUUUGGCCUGUCCGACCCCGUGGAUCGCGCCUACUUUGCAGUGUUUGACGGUCACGGAGGAGUGGAUGCCGCGAGGUACGCCGCUGUGCAUGUACACGCCAAUGCUGCUCGCCAGCCGGAGCUGCCCACACACCCCGAGGGAGCCCUCAGAGAAGCUUUCCGGCGCACCGAUGAGAUGUUCCUCUGGAAAGCCAAGCGAGAGCGGCUGCAAAGUGGAACCACAGGCGUGUGUGCACUCAUCACGGGAAGGACCCUGCACAUCGCCUGGCUGGGGGACUCCCAGGUCAUCCUGGUGCAGCAGGGACAGGUGGUGAAGAUGAUGGAGCCACAUAAACCCGAGCGACAGGACGAGAAGGAGCGCAUCGAAGCGCUGGGUGGCUUCGUGUCGUACAUGGACUGCUGGAGAGUCAACGGGACCCUGGCCGUCUCCAGAGCCAUCGGGGAUGUCUUCCAGAAGCCCUACGUGUCUGGAGAGGCAGACGUGGCCUCCCGGGAGCUGACCGGCUCUGAGGACUACCUGCUGCUGGCCUGUGAUGGCUUCUUUGACGUCGUCUCCCACCAGGAGGUGGCCGGCCUUGUGCAAAGCCACCUGGCCAGGCAGCGGGGCAGCGGGCUGCAUGUCGCCGAGGAGCUGGUGGCUGCAGCCAGGGAGCGGGGCUCCCAUGACAACAUCACGGUCAUGGUGGUCUUCCUCAGGGACCCCCGAGACCUGCUGGAGGGGUGGGCCCAGGGGGCCGGGGAAUCCCAGGCUGACAGGAGAAGCCAGGACUUGCCCUCUGCCCUCUCAGAGCCAGAGAACAACACCCCAUGGAGAAGCUAGGAGGCCCAGGGCUCCGGUGGUCCCCACCCUAUGACCCUUCCCCUCAGAUGCCAAGGACCCAAUAGGCAGGGGUGGGCAGGCGGCACCACCCAAGCAGUGCUUUUCCCUGGGAUCCCUGAGCCCCUGUGCUGCUUGCAUCAGCCCCUCCUGGUGGCUGUGGCACUGCAUGGGGCGUGGGUAUCACUCCUUGCUCGUGACAGGCAGUGGGACAGAGGAAGCCUUGCCAGAGAGAAGAUGACCUGGGAACUGGACUGGCUCUUGAUCCCCACGAGGUGGGGGUGGAACCAGAGGCCGCAGUCACUGGCUGCAGCCAGACCAAAGACACCGGCAUGUGUGCGGGGCAGUGGCGCGCUGCGGGGGGCUCUUGGGCAGACCCAGAGCCGUGGGUCUUUGCAAGCGCGUCCUGGGCACCCAGCACAGGUUUUUUCCUCCAUUCCUCAUAGGCCACAGCUGGGAGGGCUCGCGUCGGCAGACGCACCUGGCUGGGCUCAGCUGGCCGAGCUCGCUUCCCAGACAGGAGAGGAUCUAGGAUUGCAUCUGCAGUGGUCGCCCGCCUGCGUCAAGGCAGCCGGGACACGUGUGGCCCUGGCCUCAGUGGUCCCUCUCGUCCCCCGAAGGGGCAGGGGAAGCUCAGAGAUGCUGCACUCGUCUUUUGUGUUGUUGUUGUUUUCCAGGGAAAAGUCUAGUUCAGAAGCAGUAUUUCCGGUUUUGUCUUUGUUCUGUCAGUGCCAAAGUGACCUGUUGUGUCAAAUAACUUAAGCAGAGCUUAGCAUUUAUUUUAAUCCUUAGAAACUUACGUAUUGGUUGUUGUUGGUUUUUUAGGGGAAACUUCUUUUGCAGUAUUACUGAAUUUUUUUCUUAAAUCAAGAUUGAAAUAAAAACCAUUCCAGGUAGUGUUAAUAAGCCAUUCAAGUGCCUUAAACGGUUUUAGGGAAGGCUAGAUCUGCCGGGCCUAUGAUGAGUUCCAAUAGGCAUGGUUAAGUUUCCACAAGAGCAGAAUUUAUUUUGUUACAGAGGGUGGUUUAGGCUAGAAUUCUCCCUACAGAGUUCUUUCUGCCUCUCUGAGAUGUGCCACUGACAGUCAGCAAGGUGGUUCCUAAGAGCACGGGCUGUUCCGUGGGGCCCGGGCCAGACUCAGGGCCCCGGGAACUGAUCCCCACCUUCCUUGGCCCUGCCACUUGGUAUCUGGCUGGACCCUAAGCUGAGGGCCCGAGCUCCGUGAGCAGGCACGCCCUUGCUGCUGUUUGGAAUGUUCCAGAAUGUCUUGUGUUGGUAGUUGGAUGGGUUUCAUUCGGUAACACAUUCUCGGAGGCUCUGGUAAGUCUGCAGGUCUGUUUGGAGGCAGCAGGGAUGUGGCUGGGAGUCUGUCCCACCCGCCGGACGGAUGCCCCUCUUCCUGCCAAUAGCUGGCAGCCUCUGCUGCCUUGACUGCCUGUGAGAGAGCUCGUCCGGGUCCCCGGCUGCCCUGGGAAGGUGACGCUCAGGGGACUUCGUUUGCUCACAUCAGUGGGCGCUACAACUGCUGUGUGGAUUGAAGGUGGCAGGGCUGGGUGAGGGCUCCAGGCAGAGGUCAGGCCUGGGGGGAGAUGGGUGUCCGGUGGGAGGACCUGGGCUUGCAGGGGUGGGCAGGGCUGCUGCAGGCAGAGGCUGGCAAGUCUGGGAGGGACAGUGAGUUGCUUAACUGAGGCUUCAACAGAAGGUUGCCUGGGGGCUGGGGUAGUGGGAGGAAGCUUGGUGCCGGGUCCCCAAAGCCAGGAGUCCUGUAGAGGCCUUCUGAGUCCACUCACAGCUGCAGAGCCCCAGGAAGAUCUGCCUGGGGAGCCCCCUGACCUCAGUGGCGGGGAUGAUGAGAGGAUGUUUUAGGGAGAGGCCGUUGGUCCAUCCAACAGGAAGGGAAGGAGCCAUGGGGCCACCCGCAGGUUCUGAGUUUAUCCCACCCCCGCAGCAGGAUGAGGACGCUGAGGCCAUGCAGUCAAUGCCUUGCUCAGGGCCUCAUGGUAAAAAGCAUCUUAAACAUGGUCACUGCAAUUCGGAGAAUGUUUGGCAGCCAACAUGACCAUGUGUUACCCCAUUUAACUUGAAGGCCCGCUGCCUUCUGGGGGCCAGAAGCCUCCUCGUCAGCCCCUCCCAGCACAAGGCUGGCAGCAGGCUGGAUGUGGCCCCACCCUCCACUACCAGCCUGGCAUCCUGAGGGCAUGACCUUAAUGGAGGGAGGGAGGGAGCAAUGGGCUUGUUUUUCUCUUCUUUGCUCAUCGUACUCCGUUGAUUGCUGCCAAGAGAGGAGCUUCAGUGCGUGGAGUCUGGAUUCCACCACUUGGUGGCCUGAUCUGUGCCCUGAUCUGAGGCUCCACCAGGACAUUUCUCCAGGCUCGUCCUGACACCUCUCCAACCCCGAGCCAGGCUGCUGGAAUCAACCCCUCACCCCCAACAGGCCCUGAGCAAGGCAUUGCUGUCGGGGUGGCUGUCAGCCCAGGGAGUCCUCGUUAUCCCGCUGCUCGGGGGCUGGCCUGUGCAAGCGCCUAGGCACAGAGCAGGUCUUUUCCAUCUGUGCUGGGCUGCACUGGGAGCCACCGGGCAUCUUCAACCACCGGGCAUCCUGGCCCACUUCCUCUUCAGGACACAGUCCCUGAGGGCCCCUGGCUGAGACACUGGUCUGAAAACCUUGGUCCCCUUCUCAAGUCCCAGCUUUGCCACUAGCUUAUUGAUCAAGCUGAGUAAGUCGUUGCAUUUCCCUGGGACUCAGUUUCCCCUUUGUAGGGCACAGGGUUGCUCGGAGUCUGCAGCAGCUCCAGGAAUUCUGGAGGUGCAGGGGGUACUUGGGGGAACCCAGCACAUCCUGGGGAGAUGCUGCCAGUGCUGAGGGCCCUUCCCCCACCGCCAGCAGGGAGGGGGUGAAUAAGUUUUACUAGUGUCUAUUCUUAAAAUUAAGUGGGUUGGAAAAGAAUUGAGCUGCUGAUGCCAGCGCCUUAUAAGGAAUACAAAAGCUGGAGAAUUGCAGCCUUGCUUUUACAGGUAGAGCUGAUCCGGAGCCAGCAGGGGUGGGAGAGGCAGGCAGCUGAGGGGGAGGGCCUGGGAGAGAGGCAGCACAGCUGGGCCCUGGGCUCCCCAGGGCGGCUGCUCAAACUCCCAACCCUCUGAAAUCCUGAGGUGAUUGCAUAGCCUCCCUGGCCCAGCCUGUGCUCAGCAUCCAGGGCCAGGAAGUGGGUGUGUUUCAGGGAGAGAGCAACAGGGCGCUCACUGAGGUCCUGGGUCAGCUUUUGGCCGCCCCCUGCCUUUGGCCAUAGCCCUGUCUCCCGUCCUGUCCUCCCUGGCCCACACGUAGUCCCUGGCCUUGCCCCUUCCCCAGCUACCUCAGCAGUAUUCCCGGGGCCAGGGGCACAGUUCUGACAGCUCCUAGGCCUGGCUCCCAUGCCAGCUAAACGGAAACUAGGUGGGUUUGUGCAAAAUGAGCCAUUUGGUUUGAUUCUGCCUGUAGCCCAAAGGGGCAGCUGCCUGGGGGCCUUUUCCAAGGCUCCACAACUUUGCCAAAUUCGCUGAGCUUUGCCAUUCACGUACUGUGCCAGCCUUGCCAAGGAUUUAUCUGUGCACAUUUCAGUGAGGUUCUGUGGAG